AUGACAUUUGAAGAAUUCACUCAGAAGGUCUUAGAAAAAUUCGACAUUUCCCUUCAUGUGAUGAGGAUGCACUACACCCUCAAGUUUAACCCUAGAGUCAUCCAAGAUUUAGAAGAUGAGGAUGACUUGGAUAACGUGGUUUCACAUAGUGAUGACUUUGCAAAUGUGUACAUAGUUAAGUCACCCGGUGUGGAAGCCAUAGAGGCAAAUAUACCGAAUACACAGUUGGCACUUGGAGGUCCACAUCCUACGUUUCCUUCAUCUAAUGCAUCAUGCGAUGCAAAUCCUAAUACUAUGAUGUUAUCAAGAGGUUUUGCAUCGCGUUGUGCAGAUACUGAGUACACCCCUUUCGAAUCGAAUCGGUUUCGUGAGGCAAUAUUAGGUUCCGGACAUACUUUUAAGAAUGCAGAUGAGUUUCGGAAUGCAAUAUACCAAAUGUCAUUAGCUGGAAGGUUUCAAUACAAGUACAAGAAAAAUUCACCUACCCAUAUGUCAGUAAAGUGUUCGGUUGAGGAUUGUCCUUGGAAGAUAACAGCUCAUGCUGUUGAAGGAAAUGAAAUAUUGCGAGUUUAUACUUACCAAGUUAAUCAUAAUCAUAUAGCUCAAGAUGAGUGUUCAUCUAAGGUGCGGGUUUCUUCCAAGAGAGGAGCUAUUGUUGUUGAAGACGUGUUUAGAACAACUCCAGAAUACCUUCCUCGACAACUUUGCAAGGAUUUUGAACGUGAUCAUGGAGUUCAAUUGACUUAUAACCAAGCAUGGCAUCUUAAAGAGAAGGCAAAAGAGCGUGUAUAUGGAUCUCCACGUGCGUCCUACGCGUAUUUGCCUUGGUUAUGCCAUAGGCUAAGGGAAAUUAACCCUGGAACUAUUGCCGAGUACACUUCUCAUGAAGGUCACUUCAAGCAAUUGUUCCUUGCCCACGCAUUUUCAAUUCAAGGGUUCACCAUGGGGUGUCGACCGGUAUUGGCUAUUGAUUCUUGCCACCUAAGUGGUCCAUACAAAGGAGCUCUUUUGUCUGCCAUUGCAUAUGAUGCAGAUGAUGGAAUGUUCCCUCUAGCCUUGGGUGUGGGGAUCCUAGAUGGUCAAGAAGUAAUUAUUAUAUCAGAUAGACAUCAAGGGAUAUUGCGUAGUGUUUCGGAGUUGUUUGGGGUAGAAAAUCACGCCUAUUGUUAUCGACAUGUCAAAGAGAACUUUUCAAGCUUCUUCAACAGGCAAAACAUUAGGGGAAAGAAAGGGAAAGAAGAUGCUUUGUUGCUUUUAGACAACAUUGCAUAUGCUCGGUUGGAUAUAGACUACAAUGAGGCGUUUGAAAAACUUGUGCGUUUUAAUGGCGACCUAGCAAGGUGGGUUGCGGAGAAUAGUCCGGAGCAUUGGGCGAUGUCAAAGUUCCUUAAAAAACGUUGGGAUAAAAUGACAACUAAUAUUGCAGAGUCCUUUAAUGCGUGGUUAAGAGAGGAACGCCACCAAACAAUUUAUACGUUGCUGAUGAUGCACAUGGAUAAGCUUGUAGCCAUGUUGGACACCCAUAUGCGUGGUACAAAUAAGUGGAAGAGCGUGGUUGGUCCCAAAACAGAGGAAAAUCUAAUGUCAAAUAUCACGAGAUCUGCUCCGAUUACUGUGAUGCCUUAUUUGGGUGGGACGUUCAAGGUUUUUACUGGAGAAGUUUAUUUGGUUGUGGAUAUGCAGCAACAUAAGUGUACAUGUCUAACAUGGCAAAUGUCCGGGUUGCCAUGUCCACAUGUAUGUGCUGUGAUCCGUACAUUGAGACACGAUGUGUAUGACUAUAUCGACCCAUGUUUUAAAGUCUCCACCCAACAGUUGAUUUACUCGGGUCAGUUUCAACCAUUACCAACACACAACAUGCCUAAAGUUUGUGAGGCUGGGACUUUGCAAGAUGGCGAAGGCAACGUAUUUCCUAGUCUCCAACCCCCGCAAGUGAGACGUCCUCCAGGAAGACCCCGCCAAAGGCGUAUUGAGUCACAAUUUAGCCAUAAGAGAGCUAUUCAUUGCUCUCGAUGCAAUGGCAUAGGUCACAAUCGGUCUAAAUGUAAUAAUCCAUUGCCGUGA